CAGUGUUGGGAACAUGCUUGCAGAAUUGAAAAUGGAUGUGAAUUUAGUACUUCAUGUAUUCAAAAUACACACAGAAAUAUCAAACUUUUAAAUCGACUGUGCCCUGUAAAUCCCCCAAAUAAACAAGUAUUCGAUUUUGGCGUAUUUCAAGAUGCUUUACAAUCCGGCAUGCAAAGAUCAACAAACUUUCCACAAAAGUUCUUGCAAUGUUUAUCGUGGGGCAUACGAAAUAUGAGUUCUUUUGGUUCAAACCUCAGUGCUACCAGUACAAAUGGAGGGGAAAACUUGCUUGUGGUUGUCUUUUCGAUAUUUGGAUUAGGACUGUUUAUGUAUCUCCUGGGGCAUAUGCAGGCUGCAAGGAUUCCUGAAAAAGUCAAACUGGGGCGCCAAGUUAAGCCUUGGUGUCCUCCUUCAGCUGGUUGGCUUAAGGCCAAUAUAGAUGGGGCAUUUCACAUGACCACCUGGUCGGGGGGUUUGGGUGUGGUAAUCAGGGAUUCUGUUGGUACGGUGGUGGCUGGUGCCUGUGGGACUUGUACUGAUGUUGCUUCUCCUGUGGUAGUUAAGGCCUUGGCUUGUCGGUUGGCAUGCAAGGUAGUAGUGGAUAACGAUCUUGGGCCAGUCAUGUUUGAGGCUGAUUGUCUACAAGUUGUGCAAGCUAUUUGUGCUGAAGGUGAGGAUACCUCAGAUUUUGGCAGAAUUAUUGAUGAUAUCUCUUCUUUAUUAUCUUCUCUAGCAGGAUCAUUCUUUUCUCAUGUUUAUAGGGAAUCGAAUAAACUAGCACAUAAGGUGGCUAAGUAUGCCUUGUUGUCUGGUGCACAAGUUUCAUGGAGUGGGCAUGUCCCUCCAGGACUUGAUGGACUUUUUUCUACUCUUUGUACACGUUAAUUCAUCAA